UGAAAAAUUUUUCAUCAAGCUUUUGGGACUUAUAACAAAAUGCAUAAUGACCGUUACUUAUACUAACCUUCUUGAAGGUCUCUCUUUGGAUAUCUGAAACAACAAGCAGGUUUUUUAGUCUGGCUACGCGUAUCACGCCACAGACCAUAGAUCAUCAAUUCAACAUGGUGGAAAAAGGGGAAUCUAAUGAUUUAAAGAGACUUGAAAGCACCAUUACCACCUCCUCACAGUCUUCGAACGAUAUCCAAGAUACCAGAAUACCCCAAACGAGAUGGCGAAAGAUCAUGUCAGUUCUCGAAGUGGAACCCCUUGGGGAUAAGACCAUGGCCGAAAUGUUCCUCUUCAAUAAAGAUUUGAAGCCAGUCGAGGCCGAGCGUCGAGUGUGGUCGUGGUAUAACUUUAUUUUCUUCUGGAUUGCUGAGUCCUUCAAUGUCAACACCUGGCAGAUUGCUUCCACCGGUGUGGUCCUGGGACUAGCGUGGUGGCAGGUUUGGAUUUCUGUCUGGUUGGGUUAUUUUAUCGCCGGGUGUUUUAUUACUAUUUCGUCGCGUGUUGGUUCAUGUUAUCACAUAUCCUUUCCCGUUGCCUGCAGAUCAUCCUUCGGAAUUUACGGUUCUGUUUGGCCUGUUAUUAACAGAGUUGUCAUGGCGUGUGUGUGGUACGCCGUUCAGAACUGGAUUUUCGGCCAGUGCAUGCAGAUUACGUUGAUGUCCAUCUUUGGUACUGAUUUAGAUACAAGAAUUCCAAAUUUAAUCCCAUCAUCGGGAACCACCUCCUUCCAGUUCUUGGGUUAUUUCUUGACUUGGUUGAUUUCGUUGCCAUUUAUUUGGUUUCCCCCACACCAAAUAAGACACCUAUUUACGGUUAAGGCGUAUAUUGUCCCCGUGGCUGGUGUUGGGUUCUUACUAUGGACCGUCCUCAAGGCCGACGGUAUUGGACCAGUUAUCCACGCCAAAGCCACGUUGACUGGUUCCGCGUUUGGUUGGGCUUUUGUCAGCUCCACUAUGAACUCGCUUGCCAACUUUGCCACGUUGAUCGUGAACUCCCCAGAUUUUUCUCGUUUUGCAGAUACUAAGAUCGCUCCAAUUUAUUCCCAACUUGUCGCUGUUCCGGUGUGUUUCUCUCUUACCUCUUUAAUCGGCAUCCUCGUUUCCUCCGCGUCUGCCUCUAUGUACGGUGAAACGUAUUGGUCUCCGUUAGACGUGCUAGCACGCUUCUUGGACAAUUAUAGCUCAGGGAACCGUGCUGGCGUGUUUUUCAUUUCUGUCGCCUUCGGGUUAGCCCAGCUCGGGACAAACAUUUCCGCCAAUUCCCUUUCUGCUGGUACCGAUAUGACAGCUCUUAUGCCCCGUUUCAUUACCAUUAGAAGAGGUGGGUAUGUUUGUGCGGCCAUUUCCAUCUGCAUCUGUCCAUGGAACUUGAUGGAGUCAUCCAACAAGUUCACUACUUACUUGUCAGCCUAUGCAAUUUUCUUGUCUGCGAUUGCCGGCGUGGUUGCUGCCGAUUACUACUUUAUUAGGAGAGGCUAUAUCGUCCUUGAAGAGUUGUAUUCCGGUGAUAGUGAUGCCGCGUACACCUUUAACCGGAUCGGCUGUAACUGGAGAGCCUAUGCUGGGUAUAUUUCUGGGAUUUUGCCCAAUAUUGUUGGGUUUGUUGGCAAUGUCGGCACCCCUGUCCCUAUUGGAGCCACCUAUGUUUAUAAUGUGAACUUCUUUGUGGGAUUCAUCGUCUCUUAUGUGGUCUACUCCGGGUUAUCUCUCUGGGUUCCGAUGAAGGGUAUUCCACAAGAGAUUCAAAGUGCACCCUUCAAAAAGGCAUGGCUCGAAGAAUACGCCGAUGUGGAAGACUUUAAUGAAAGAAUGCAAGUGCGGUUUAGAUCCCGCAUCAAAGCUGCGGAAGCCAACAGGCCCGGACUUGGGUUGUCCCGUACAUAUACUUUUUAAAAAGUCCUAACGGGUAUUAACUGUUGAUAAUUGUUGAUGCAUAGAAAUUGGUUAAUUUAUAUAUUCCUUAGGGUUGUGACGUGUAAGUACCAUUACAUCCAGC